AUGCGCUUCGUGGUUCGCAAGUUCGGGCGCAAGAGUUGCUUCCUCUUCAGCUGUGGCCACACGCUGCCGACGUCCACGGGUGUUCCGAAGUGGCCGUUGGAGAUCCGUGAGGCCGAAGGUCAGGGCAAGUCAGCAUAUGCCGUCGUGGACCUCCCGGCAAAUCAGGUUCUCAUCGAGGAAGAGCCCUUCUAUACCCGGACUCCACCCGGAGAGCUGCAUGGCCGACCUGAGUGGGACGAGAACUGGAGCGCCGCCUUCACUCGCAUCAAAGCACCGAUGCGUCUGCCUGGUGGAGAGAGUGACAAGGAAAAGCCUCUACUGGCAAGCACCGCCCUCGUGCGGGACGUCCUCGGGUUUGUGAAAAUGCCGGACAGCCUACGAGGUGCGCUGUUGUCCUUCAGCUUCCCGCCCCUGAACUUGGACCACGGCCUUGUUGAGGUUGCGCUGCAGUUGGCCAAGCUCUGUAAAGAGCGGCUGCCCGAAUGUCAGGCAUUCGAGGUGGAAUGGUUGCAAACUGGAAUCCUGGUCACAGAGAUGAACAUCUUUCCUGGGGGCAGGAUCUUUUGGACGAUGAGCCGCAUCAACCACAGUUGCUCCCCGAACUGCGUCUUCACCAACGCUCCUGGCCGCUGGGGGCUCCGAACCUUGAGACCUAUUCGACAGGGGGAGGAGAUCAGCAUCUCUUACCUGGGAGAGGAGCUUCUGUUGCCCACGAGCCAGCGCAGGCCAGCGAGGGUUGAAACGUGA